CCAGCCGGACCAGCUCUCCCAGUGCCCGCCUGCAGCCCCCCCUUCCCACCAGCCAAGUCACAGCCUCCCAGGGCACCUGCGAGGAACGGGCGGUGGGUCCUGAUCUUGGAGACCCGAACGAAGGUGGGCUUCUGGGCAGAGAUGGCCCUGCAGAGCCAGAUGUGGUCUCUGGCCACACCCACGCCCAUGGCCGAGAGCUCCCUCUACCGGCAGCGGUUAGAGGUCAUUGCUGAGAAGCGGCGGCUGCAGGAGGAGAUCCGCGCCGCGCGCCGGGAGCUGGAAGAGGAGAAACUCCGCGUGGAGCGGCUCAAGAGGAAGUCUCUCCGGGAGCGUUGGCUAAUGGACGGGGCAGCCGAUGAGUGGGAGCAUCAGGAGGACUCCACCUCGAAGGACCCUGAGUCACCUGAGGGCCAGGCUCAGGUCCGAAUCCGGAACUUGGAAGACAGCUUGUUCACACUCCAGUCCCAGCUGCAGCUGUUGCAAAGUGCUUCCACAGGUGCCCAGCACAAGGCCUUGGGCAGGCCCACUUGGCGCAGGCAGGGCCAGCGACCUCUCUCCCAGCCUAUCCUGGAGGCAGGUCCCACAGGCCACCCUGAUCUGAAGAAGAGAGCUUCCCUACCCACAGAACCAGUGGCCACGCCCCCUGAGUCCCCGUCUGAGCUGAGAGAGGAGGCUGCCAGGGUUCCCCCUGCCCUGGGGCUGUUCCCUGGGGCAGCAGGGACCUCCUCGGAAGCCAAUGGCCCCUGCCCUGGAUCCAGCCCCCCUCCAGAACAGGGACCCAGGCAGGGGCCCGCAGCAUCAGAGGGGGGUGUGGGUGAGGCCAAAGGAGGGGGUGUGGUGAAGGUGGUGUGGGAGGGGCUGAGGGCCACAGAGGACUGUGCCACAGAGGCCACAGGCCCAGAGCUGGAGGCCAAGGUGGAGGAGAUGGUGCUGGAGGCCAUUGGGGACAGGCAGGAAGCUGCCUGCGCAGAGCUGCCCACCUGGGUGAAGGAGGACAGGGGCAUCGUGGAGGUGGUCUGGGAGGGGGUGGGCGGGCCAGAGAGCAGCGACUCAGAGGCCACUGGGGAUGGGGGCGGGGGCCAGGAGGUGGCGCAGGCCAGCUCCCCGAGGCCCCAGGGGAGGCCAGAGGGAGCGGCUCCUGGAGAAGGAGGUGUCCCCAGGGGCAGCCCUGAUGGUGACGGGCUCGGGGGCUCUGGAGGAGACGAGGGGUCCUUCAUUUGGGUGGAGAGGGUGACCCUCAGCGAGGAGUGGGAGGAGCUGGUCGUGGAGGGGUUGGAAGGGCCCAGGAGGGGGGUAGGGGAGGAAGCCUGGGGGGCGGGAAGGAGCCUUGCAGAGGAAGCUGGGGAAUUACUGGACAGAGGAAAGAAAGGCAAGGAGGAAGAGGCAGGGGCAGACGUGUCUCUGGGGCAGGAGAGGGGAGGAAGUGAGGACUCUUUGGGGCCAGAGAGGAGAGGAGGGGAGGAAAAGCUGAGGGCAGAGAGGGAAGGAGGUGAGGAGCCAUUGCAAGUGGAGCAGAAAGGGGAUGAAGACAAACCAGAGGCAGCUGAAGAACCUUUGGUGACGGAGAGAAAAGAAGGUGAGGAGUCACUGGAGGCCGAGCGAGCAGGAGAUGAGGCACUAUUGGAGGCUGAGAGAGGAGGUGAGGCGCCAUUGGAGGCCGAGAGAGGGGGUGAGGCACCAUUGGAAGCAGAGAAAGGAGAUGAGGCAUCACUAAAAGCAGAGAGAACAGGAGGUGAGGGACCAUCGGAGGCAGAAAAAGGAGGAGGUGAGGAGUCACUGGAGGCAGAAGGAGGAGGUGAGGGACCACUGGAGGCAGAGAAAGGUGGAGGCGAGAGGUCACGGGAGGCAGAGAGAGGAGGAGGUGAGGCAUCGCCAGAGGCAGAGAGAACAGGAGGUGAGGGGCCAUUGGAGGCGGGGAAGACCGAAGUGGUUGAGGAAGAUCUGAGUCCAGAAGAGCAGAGAGAGUCCGGGGGAGGAAAGGAAUGUCAGGCAGAGGAGGUGAGUGGGGCAGGGGCUUCCUCGGGGCCCAAGGAAGAGUCAAGGCCAGAAGAGGAAGGACCGCAGCCCCAGGAGAAGCAGGAAGGCUCCCUGGAGGAAGAAUCUGUGAGGCCUCAAAUGCCUGCUGAGGGCCAGGGCCCCUCGGGGGACGCCACCCCCCUGCUGGCAGAGACCCCAGCUCCAGAGCAGCCCGCCGAGCGCCAGCCACUGCUUGCGGUGGAAGGGCCUGGGGCCAACCCCAGCGCCCGCCCCGUGCCCACCUACGCACCUGUCAGGCAGCCCGAGCCGCCCGCCCCUCCCGAGGGAGGAGAGGCAAGCGGCCCUAAGCAAAAGACGUGCCAGUGUUGUGCGGUCAUGUGAGCCCACACCCUCCACCCAGCUCCUCUCUCAGCUACCUCGGCCUCUUGGCAUCCGGCAGCAGGUCCCGGGCACAGACAGGGCACCACGGGACUGGCUGUGGCACCUGGGAGCCAGCCGGCCCGCACGUCCACCUCCCCCCGGGCUUCUGGACCCCUCGCACACUGCCUGUGACCCUGGCUCCCUUCUACGACAAAGCCUUUAUACUUGAAAAUAAAACGCGAAAGCAUCAGGA